AUGCUUUCUCAAUCGUCAAUGGAUCCCUUCACUGGGACCAUCGAUAGCCUCGAGAUGCUGCAUGACGUGAUGAAGUACAUUCCUUUUAAUCGACGCACUCUCACCGCGAUGCGAUGUGUUUCUAAACCCUUUCGUCGAGGCGUACAAAGCACCCAAAGUCCUUGGUCUGGCUACAAUGAAAUGAUGCUGUCCUGUUAUGGUCAAUGUGUGCUUUUUAAUGCUCAAGAGGAUGACAAAGGCAAUAGUUGCUUUGAAUUGAUUUCGAUUUCUCCUAUUGGGCGUAAAUUUCAGAACGUAAGUGCGCGGGUGCUCAGCCGCUACCAUACACGUGUCGCCAACGGCCUGACCAAACUCGUACUUCACUACUCCCAUAUUGAUGACUCAUCCUUCGAAACGCUUGCCACUUUAACGAAUCUACGAGAAUUAGAGUUUGUUUCAUGUCGAAGUUUAACCUCGAUAGGGAAUGCUAGUUUGAUAAAGAAGCUUGAGAAGCUUGAGGUGGCUUUCUGCCCCUUGGAGCAUGAUGGGGUUCAGGAUCUUUCUCUCCCCUUGCUCAAAACUCUCAUUUUCCGCUCUUGCCAUAGGCUGAGCGAUCUCAAUGAGAUUGCCAGCGAGACCGCCGCAUCGCUGGAGGAGGUAACCAUCGAGAAUUGUAAUGCCUACGACGACACUUCUAAUAUUUUUUUACACAACCUCGGCCCCCAUCUUCGCGUGUUGUCGCUUUGUAGUACGCAUAUUGAUGGGGCGCUCGCGUUGAUCACUCAGCACGAUCACGCGCUCAAUUUACAAACACUCCAGCUUUCCGACACCCCCAUUCGCACAGAAACGCUUGAUCAAAUAGUCUCUUUUCUAAAGGACAACUUAGAAUAUCUAUCUUUAGAAAACUGCAAAAAAUUAAAUGGGUUUGAGCCGUUAGGGAUGCUGCACCGGCUACGUUUUCUGGACGUUUCGCAGGCGGAGUUGACCGACGGUUUGGAUAUGCUGGCGGGGUGUAAAUACUUAGAACUCUUACGGGUGGCCAAUUCCACUGUAGAGGACAUUUCCUUUCUCGGAUCGAUGCCAUUUCUUAGAGUCUUGGAUGCCCCAGCAUCUAGUCUGACCGAUAGUGGGAUCUUAGCUCUUAGGGAUGCACCCGAGCUCGAUACGGUAGUUCUAACAAGGUGUAUUCAUAUUUCUGAUCUUAAUGUUUUACAAACCUGCCCUAGAAUUCGGCGUAUUUUUUGUGCUCAAACAUCUAUUACUGAGAAAAGCAUUGCCGAUCUUGCUGAGUGCGAUAAUUUAGAAGAGUUGGAUAUAAAAUUAACAGCUGUAAAGGAUGUUAAUUUUAUGGCAGCUUGUAAGUCACUUAAAUCCAUCAAUGUCUGUAGCACUGUGGACUCCAUUGAAGGUAUUCAAGAUUUGCUGGAUCGACAAGACCUUGAUGUGGUAUGUGAUUCAUUUGAUGGUGGCCAAUACAUGGACUGA